AACUUUCACUAUACUCAAAGAGAAGUUUCCUUUCACAACGUUCCAAAAGUUCAAACCUUUUCGUCUUUAGGUUCUCAAUGUCGCAACUAAACGGAGCUUACUACGGUCCUUCCAUUCCGCCGCCGAAGUCCUACCGCCGUCCGUCCAGCGGCGGAGGUGGGUGCGGGUGCCUGAGCUGCUGCUGUGGGUGCAUCUUCAACUGCAUCAUCAGCCUCAUCUGCAAGAUCCUCACCACCGUGCUCAUCAUCGCCGCCGUGCUCGUGUUCCUCUUCUGGCUCAUUGUGCGCCCCAACGUCCUCAAAUUCCACGUCAGCGAUGCCUCUCUCACGCGCUUCACGUUCUCCAACAACACGCUCCACUACAACCUCGCCCUCAACGUCUCCAUCCGCAACCCCAACCGCAGAGUCGGCGUCUACUACGACCAAAUCGAAGCGCUCGCUUUAUACGACGAUGUUCGAUUCGCCUCCCAGUCCCUGGGGCCCUUCUUCCAGCACACCAAAAACACCACCUUCAUCAACCCCCUUUUUAAUGGCCAGCGCGUGACGCCACUCACGGCUGAGCAGGGUUCCCAUUUCGAAAAGGAGAACGGCGCCGGGAUUUUCUCCAUCGACUUGAACCUCUUCAUGAAUGUUCGGUUCAAGUUCUUGUUCUUCAAAAGCCACACCGUCAGACCCAAGAUUCGGUGUGGGUUGCACGUGCCGCUGAAAUCGCGUAACACAACUACCUCUCCUGACGCUGCGUUUCAGGCCACGGACUGCGAUUGGAUUUACAAACGAUGGUGGAUCCGUUGAAAAUUUAUUUUUUUUCCGAUGAGUUUUCUUGGUUCUUUAUCUUGCUUCACUGUUUUCUUUUGGUGAUGUAUAUUUUCUUGAUCACAUUUGUUCCCAAAUUGAUACCUAGCAGAUCUAUAUGUUAUGAAUUUAUUUAUU